GCACUGAGUCAUUUACUGAUGCAUCUUGGGAUAAAGAAGCUACAGUCGUACUGUUGUGGAAAGUCCUUGAACAGGCCGUGUGUCUGCGAAGCGGUAGAGAAAAUGGGAGCUGAUAAACGAAUAAGUCGGACUGAACGUAGCGGUAGAUAUGGCUCCGACCAGCCCCGGGAUGAAUCCGACUGGCGGGACAGACGGGACAGGGACCAGGAGCGGGAUCACAACAUGCGUCGUUGGGGGGAAGACAGACGCAGUGAUCGAUAUGAUGGUGAUCGUCGUGGAUCAAGAGAUAGUCCAGAGCAAAGAGAGAGGAAACGUCGUAACAGCGACAGAUCAGAAGAUGGUUAUCACUCUGAUGGAGACUAUCCAGAGCAGGAUUACAGAAGGGAGCCUGGGGAGGACAAGAAAAGCAAGACCAUCAUGCUCUGGGGUCUGUCUCCUCACAUCACUGAGGAUGAUAUUCGUGUUGCAAUUGACCAGCUGGAGGGACCCCAACCAGUGGACGUGAGGCUAAUGAAGAAGAAGACAGGUAUAAGCCGUGGUUUCGCCUUCGUGGACUUUUAUCACUUGCAAGAUGCUACCCGAUGGAUGGAGACCAAUCAGAAACGUCUGAUCAUCCAAGGAAAAACUGUGGACAUGCACUACAGCCAUCCCAGAAACAAGUAUGAAGACUGGCUUUGCAAUACUUGUGGCCUGUACAAUUUCCGGAGGAGGCUGAAGUGCUUCAGGUGUGGAGCAUCCAAAGCUGAAAGUGAGACCAGCAAUAAUUCUGGAGCCCCUGAAAGUCAACCCAGUGGAGACUUCUAUGGAGACACCAUUAUCCUGAGAAAUAUUGCUCCAAUGACCACUGUAGAAGCCAUAAUAACAGCUCUUGCACCUUAUGCCAAUCUUUCAUCAAACAACAUUCGUCUCAUCAAGGACAAGCAGACAGGCCAGAACAGAGGUUUUGCCUUUGUACAGCUGUCCUCUCCUCUGGAAGCCUCUCAGCUGUUAACCAUCUUACAGGGACUGCAGCCUCCUCUAAAGUUGGAUGGCAAAACAAUUGGGGUAGAUUAUGCUAAAAGUGCAAGAAAGGACCUUUUGCUACCUGAUGGGAAUCGUGUCAGCGCCUUCUCUGUUGCCAGUACAGCCAUUGCUGCAGCCCAGUGGUCCUCAACUCAGCCACAGCAAAGCUCAGAGGGUGUGUCAGAGUACAGCUACCUGCAAGAAGGCUAUACUCCAAUGUCACAGGACUACCAGACAUUUUAUCAGCAAGCAGGGGUCAGCACCUCUCAGGGAAAUGGGAUCUUAGGAGCUGCCCCAGGUUUAAAGAUUGUCCCAACUGCAGCUGGAGUAGUCAUUUCACAGAGCGCACAAGUCUACCAACCCCAUAUAAUUGCUCAACCUGCUGUACAGGCACUGCCACUUGCCCAGCAAUUAGAAACAAAACCCCAAACAGGACAUAUUCCAGGGGUUGAAGCCAUAUCUCUGCCUGUUGCCCCUGUGGUUGUGCCUGCUGCUGCUGCUGCCGCCGCUGUUGCUGCCGCUGCUGCUGCUGCUACCACCUCUUCACUGGCAGCCUCUGGACAGACUUCUGACACUAACACUGUUGUUCCAGAUACAUCCACCUACCAAUAUGAUGAGUCAUCGGGCUACUAUUAUGAUCCUCAAACUGGUCUGUACUACGACCCAAACACCCAUUAUUACUACAACUCUCAGACGCAGCAGUAUUUGUACUGGGACAGUGAGAAGCAGACGUAUGUCCCAGCCUCAACUGACUCAAGCCCUGGUCAGAAUGCUAAUGCGAAUGGUCCUGCGGCUACAGGAAGCAAAGAACUCAAAGAGGGCAAGGAGAAAAAGGAAAAGCCCAAAAGCAAAACUGCUCAGCAGAUUGCAAAAGACAUGGAACGGUGGGCAAAAAGUCUUAACAAACAGAAGGAAAACUUCAAAAGUAGCUUUCAGCCAAUUAGUCAAGAAGAGAGGAAGGAAGCUGCGGCUGCAGAUGCUGGCUUCACUCUGUUUGAAAAGAAGCAGGCAGGAGGACUAGAUAGACUCAUGCCAGAAAUACCAAGGGGUCCAGAAGAGGAGAUCCCAUCCACGUCCGUUAACAGCACCAAGUGUGGCCUUGUGGCUGCUUACAGUGGAGAUAGUGAUCCAGAGGAGGGAGGGGUAGACCUCGACGGUGGUGACGGAGGACAGGACAAGCUGACUGACUGGAAAAAGAUGGCCUGCCUGCUGUGUAGGAGACAGUUCCCCAAUAAAGAGGGUUUAAUUCGACAUCAGCAAUUGUCAGAUCUCCACAAGAAAAACUUGGAGGUUCUCCGUCGAUCCAAAAUGACCGAAGCAGAGCUGGAAGAGUUGGAAAGAAAAGAGACUGAGAUGAAAUACAGGGACAGAGCAGCUGAGAGGAGAGAAAAAUAUGGCAUCCCUGAACCACCAGUGCCCAAAAAGAAGAAAUUCAGCCAACCAGCAGCACCUGCCAUUGACUACGAGCAGCCCACUAAAGACGGCCUUAACAGUGACAACAUAGGGAACAAAAUGCUACAAGCCAUGGGCUGGAAGGAGGGGAAAGGUCUGGGUCGAAACCAACAGGGAAUCACUACACCAAUCGAGGCCCAGAUGAGAACAAAGGGAGCUGGUCUUGGCAUUAAAGGCUCCAACUACACCCUCUCUGCUUCAGACACAUACAAAGACGCUGUCCGCAAAGCCAUGUUUGCUCGCUUCACCGAACUGGAGUGAUUGGUUAUCAAACUCAAGUCAUUUGUGGUCAUGACCUGGUUUUUUUAAUGGACUUAUUACUAUCUGAUUGAGAGCAGCAAUGCCAUUUCUGCACCAACGAAGUCACUGAAUCUCACGAAGGCAAACGACACUCUCCUCUUUGACCUUUGCUCCGUACAAGUUGAUGAUGAUUGUCUCCAGGAGUAGUCUGUAAAACCAACCUUGAAAAAAACGUGUGUAAUGGAGGCAUUUUAUCAUAGUGAAUAAUUUAAUUUAUAAAUUGUAAAUAUGCACAGUAAAUUUCCUUCCCUCGUUUACUUGUUUCUUUUAUAUUUUCUGUGGUAAUUGAAUCCUUUUGUCUCAGCAUGUCUGAAAAGAUUGUACAGUUUAUACAAAAUGUGUUUGUACAGACAAUAAAUGAUACAGCUGAUU